AGGACCCGACCGAGCUGGCGGGAGUGGUCUCGGCUGCUUCCGCCGCCGCGUCGCUCCGGGGCUCGGCGGGCGGGUUCGCGCUGCCUCCGCCGCGGUGGGGCAGCCGGGGGUCACGGAGUCGAGCAGGGGGCGCGCGGCGGCGCGGCCAUGGGACUGCGCCGGCUCUGGUGACAGCGGGGAGCCAAGCGGCCCGGGCCCUGAGCGCGUCUCCUGCGGGGGGCCUCGCCCUCCUGCUCGCGGGGCCGGGGCUCCUGCUGCCUUUGCUGGCGCUGCUGCUGGCGGCGGCGGCGGCCAGGAUCAUGUCUGGUCGCCGCUGCGCCGGCGGGGGCGCGGCCUGCGCGAGCGCGGUGGCCGAGGCCGUAGAGCCGUCUGCCCGCGAGCUGUUCGAGGCUUGCCGCAACGGGGACGUGGAGCGAGUGAAGAGGCUAGUGACGCCCGAGAAGGUGAACAGCCGCGACACGGCUGGCAGGAAGUCCACUCCGCUCCACUUCGCCGCAGGUUUUGGGCGGAAGGAUGUAGUUGAGUAUCUGCUUCAGAACGGUGCAAAUGUGCAAGCACGUGAUGAUGGGGGUCUUAUUCCUCUUCAUAAUGCAUGUUCUUUUGGUCAUGCUGAAGUAGUCAAUCUCCUUUUGCAACAUGGUGCAGACCCAAAUGCUCGAGAUAAUUGGAAUUAUACUCCUCUCCAUGAAGCUGCAAUUAAAGGAAAAAUAGAUGUUUGCAUUGUGCUUUUACAGCAUGGAGCUGAGCCAACCAUCCGAAAUACAGAUGGAAGGACAGCGUUGGAUUUAGCAGACCCAUCCGCCAAAGCUGUUCUGACUGGUGACUAUAAGAAAGAUGAACUAUUGGAAAGUGCCAGGAGUGGCAAUGAGGAAAAAAUGAUGGCUCUGCUUACACCGUUGAAUGUCAACUGCCAUGCAAGUGAUGGCAGAAAGUCAACUCCAUUGCAUUUGGCAGCAGGAUACAACAGAGUAAAGAUUGUACAACUGUUACUGCAACAUGGAGCUGAUGUCCAUGCUAAAGAUAAAGGUGACCUGGUACCAUUACACAAUGCCUGUUCUUACGGUCAUUAUGAGGUGACUGAACUUCUGGUCAAGCAUGGUGCCUGUGUAAAUGCAAUGGACUUGUGGCAGUUUACUCCUCUUCAUGAGGCAGCUUCUAAAAAUAGGGUUGAAGUGUGCUCUCUCCUCCUGAGUUAUGGGGCAGAUCCAACACUGUUGAAUUGUCACAAUAAAAGUGCUAUAGACUUGGCUCCCACACCUCAAUUGAAGGAAAGAUUAUCAUAUGAAUUCAAAGGCCACUCAUUGCUGCAGGCUGCACGGGAAGCUGAUGUGACAAGGAUCAAAAAACAUCUUUCUCUGGAAAUGGUGAAUUUCAAACAUCCUCAAACACACGAAACAGCAUUGCAUUGUGCUGCUGCAUCUCCAUAUCCCAAAAGAAAGCAAAUAUGUGAACUGCUGCUAAGAAAGGGAGCAAACACCAACGAAAAGACUAAAGAAUUCUUGACUCCUCUGCACGUGGCAUCUGAAAAAGCUCACAAUGACGUUGUUGAAGUAGUGGUGAAGCAUGAAGCAAAGGUUAAUGCUUUGGACAGUCUUGGACAGACCUCAUUGCACAGAGCUGCACACUGUGGUCAUCUGCAGACCUGCCGCCUGCUCCUGAGCUAUGGGUGUGAUCCCAAUAUCAUAUCCCUCCAGGGUUUCACCGCCUUGCAGAUGGGAAAUGAAAAUGUGCAGCAGCUGCUUCAAGAGGGCAUCUCACCAGGACACUCAGAGGCAGACAGACAGUUGCUUGAAGCUGCAAAGGCUGGUGAUGUAGAAACUGUAAAGAAACUGUGUACUGUUCAGAGUGUCAACUGUAGAGACGUAGAAGGACGGCAGUCAACACCACUCCAUUUUGCAGCUGGAUACAACCGAGUGUCUGUGGUGGAGUAUCUGCUGCAGCAUGGAGCUGAUGUGCAUGCUAAAGAUAAAGGAGGCCUCGUGCCCUUGCACAAUGCAUGUUCUUAUGGACACUAUGAAGUUGCAGAACUUCUUGUCAAGCAUGGAGCAGUAGUUAAUGUAGCCGACUUGUGGAAGUUCACACCUUUACAUGAAGCUGCAGCAAAAGGAAAAUAUGAAAUAUGCAAACUUCUGCUCCAGCAUGGUGCAGACCCUACAAAGAAAAAUCGAGAUGGUAAUACUCCUCUGGACCUUGUUAAAGAUGGAGACACAGAUAUCCAAGAUCUACUUAGAGGUGAUGCAGCUUUGCUAGAUGCUGCCAAGAAGGGUUGUUUAGCCAGAGUGAAGAAAUUGUCUUCUCCUGAUAAUGUAAAUUGCCGUGAUACCCAAGGUCGACAUUCUACACCUUUACAUUUGGCAGCUGGUUACAAUAAUUUGGAAGUUGCGGAGUAUUUAUUGCAACAUGGAGCUGAUGUGAAUGCCCAAGACAAAGGAGGACUCAUCCCUUUACAUAAUGCAGCAUCUUAUGGGCAUGUAGACGUAGCAGCUUUACUGAUAAAGUACAAUGCGUGUGUCAAUGCCACGGACAAAUGGGCUUUCACACCGUUACAUGAAGCAGCCCAAAAGGGACGGACACAGCUUUGUGCUUUAUUGUUGGCCCAUGGAGCUGAUCCUACUCUUAAAAAUCAAGAAGGACAAACACCUUUAGAUUUAGUUUCAGCAGAUGACGUCAGCGCUCUCUUGACAGCAGCCAUGCCCCCCUCUGCUCUACCUUCCUGCUAUAAACCUCAAGUGCUCAAUGGUGUGAGAAACCCUGGGGCCACCGCAGAUGCUCUGUCUUCAGGGCCAUCCAGCCCUUCAAGCCUUUCUGCCGCCAGCAGUCUUGACAACUUGUCUGGGAGUUUUUCUGAACUGUCCUCAGUAGUUAGUUCAAGUACAACAGAAGGUGCUGCCAGUUUGGAAAGAAAAGAAGAUCCAGGAGUGGAUUUUAGUAUAACUCAGUUCAUAAGGAAUCUUGGGCUUGAGCACUUAAUGGAUAUAUUUGAGCGAGAACAAAUCACCUUGGAUGUGCUAGUUGAGAUGGGGCACAAGGAGCUGAAAGAGAUUGGGAUCAAUGCUUACGGACAUCGGCACAAGCUAAUUAAAGGGGUUGAAAGACUGAUCUCUGGACAGCAAGGUCUUAAUCCAUAUUUAACUCUAAACAACUCUGGUAGUGGAACAAUUCUCAUAGAUCUGUCUCCUGAUGAUAAAGAAUUUCAAUCUGUGGAGGAAGAGAUGCAAAGUACUGUCCGAGAGCACAGAGAUGGAGGUCAUGCAGGAGGCAUCUUCAACAGAUACAAUAUUCUCAAGAUUCAAAAGGUUUGUAAUAAGAAAUUGUGGGAAAGAUACACACACCGGAGAAAAGAAGUUUCUGAAGAAAACCAUAACCAUGCAAAUGAAAGGAUGUUAUUUCAUGGAUCUCCUUUUGUGAAUGCAAUUAUCCAUAAGGGCUUUGAUGAAAGGCAUGCAUACAUAGGUGGCAUGUUUGGAGCUGGGAUUUAUUUUGCUGAAAACUCUUCCAAAAGCAAUCAGUAUGUGUAUGGAAUUGGAGGCGGCACUGGAUGUCCAAUUCACAAAGACAGAUCUUGUUACAUUUGCCACAGGCAGUUGCUCUUUUGCCGAGUGACCCUAGGAAAGUCUUUCCUGCAGUUCAGUGCAAUGAAAAUGGCACAUUCUCCUCCCGGCCAUCACUCAGUCACUGGCCGGCCCAGUGUGAAUGGCCUAGCGCUAGCUGAGUAUGUGAUUUACAGAGGAGAACAGGCUUACCCUGAAUAUUUAAUUACUUACCAGAUUGUAAGGCCUGAAGGUAUGGUUGAUGGCUGAAACCAGUUCCACCAAACCUAACAUCCCGAAGCAGCUAAUGGCCUCUUAAGUUUCACUCCUUGGCUGGAAAAAAGUUCAUCCUGACUACAGGCCUGUGGCAAAAAAGGAUAAAAAUGUGAAAGGAGCUUAAUGUUCUGACUUGAUAAAGCUUUAAUAAUGUACAGUGUUUCUAAGUAUUUCCUGUUUUUCAGCACUUUAACAGAUGCCAUUCCAGGUUCAACUGGGUUUAUCUGUACUAAAUUAUAAACAGUUAACUUGAAUCUUUUAUACAUUGUGUAUUGAUUCUAACAAAAAUGGUAAUGCCCUCAACAAAACUCAUUUUACUAAUCAGGACUGUGUUCUUUAAAACACAGCAUUUACACUGACUACAGUUCAUUUGUAAAAUGUAAAUAAGAGCUUUUGUAUUAGCCCAAUAUUUAUUUACAUUGCUUUGUACUAUAAACUGUUGUAGAGCUACA